AUGACGCAGCCCAUGGUCGAUGACUUCGGUCUACCCAUAAAACAAUUCUCGACACCGACGCCCGAGGAAGCCGCUGCCAAAAGGUCUGUCGAAGAAAAGACAUCGACGCCGGCGGCCAACGAGCUAGAGUCAAAACUGAAACCUCAGGAGCCUGUCACUGUCGCAGCACCUGAAGCUUCAUCAAAAGAGCAACAGAAUGCCGCUACCAACACCCCUUUUGAUCCCGCAGCUGCUCAAACGGCCGAAAUUGAUAGCGAGAAUGACGAAGCCGACUUCAAAGAUGCGCAGACCAUCAUCGAGCCCAACGGGGCACCUGUGUCGCCGCAGAAACGAGAUAUGGCCAGAGAGCAAGAUGCAGCAGAGGACGGAAAAGUUACUACAAAACCAGUUCAAGCCACCACAGAACCUGAUACGGAGCAAACAAUGCCGGGAGCUACAACCCCGGUUGCGCUGCCACAAACGUCCGAGCAAGUCGAACAAGAAGGCCCAGUUGUCCUCACCGAUGCUGCCGACAAACCGCGACCCGAGCGAGCGUCUAUGGAAUCACCAAACAACGAAAAGAGCCACCGUCCACGCGCAUCCACCGGCGCAAGCCACGGCCGCAUGAGCCACGACCUCGGCGCCGCUGACUCGGUGGUCAACCCCAAAAUUGUUGCGCAUAAUCGUGAUACAAGCGUAACUGGUGCUGGCAUCGGUGUUUCGGAAUUCUCUCACCAGCAACUUUCGGUCCAGCCCGAAAAUGAAAAGGUAGACCAAGACGAUGGCUGGCAAGAAAUGCCAUCCUUUGCACGAUACGACAUGUACAAUGACGACAACAAAUUAAUAGCUCGCGAGAUGAAGGAGGAAGAUGUUGAAGCGUACGGAUACGCAGGUCUAGGCGGUGCUGGCAAAGGGUACACGCGCGUAGUCAUGGACGAGGAUGCCGAGUCUGCCACCAGUCUGGAUGAGCACACACAAUAUCUAUUCAAAGACGCCAACGCUGGCGGCACCAGCAUGAACGACGAGGACGCCCGAGAUGCUGUAUCGCAAAUGCAGGCCACGAAGGAUCUUCUAACCGAAGGUCAGCGCAUUGCCUAUGUUGGGCUCGUGCGCCUCGAGGUUGCCAACCUUGUCAGCGAGGCCGAAAAGGUGGAAGCGCUCAAGAAGAUCAAGAAACUGGUCAACAUGUCGACCGAGGCGACCAAAAUGUGGGGACAAAAGAUGAUGAUGAGACUGUACGCGCAUAUGGACAUUAGCGAAGCCGAGCAGGUUAUGAUUGAGCAGCUUGCCGAGCACGGCGUCCAGUCUGCCGACUUGACGCCAACUCUGCUCGCCAAUUCGCGCGUUAAGAAUCCCAUGGCCGACUCGAAGCGGAGCUCCGUCAUAAGCUCGACACCAUCAGACGAACGACCUGCGGAGGCACCCCCACCAUAUGAAGCAGCCGAGACUGACCACGUCCCCGACGUGCAAACACCCUCUCAAAUGCCGCACACGGAUAAGAUUGAUAUCGAUCUCCGAUGGACUGUACUGUGCGACGUUUUCCUCGUGUUGAUUGCAGAUUCUAUCUACGAUGCCCGCUCCAGGAUCUUGCUGGAGCGUGUGGCGCAAUCGCUCGACAUUAGCUGGAUCGAUAUUUGCCGAUUCGAGAAGCGAGUGACGGAUGCGUUGGAAAUGCAGCAAGCUGCCGAAAAGGAAAAUUGGAACGAAGAGGAGCAUAUGGAGGAGCGCAGAAAACAGGCCCUCAAGCGGCGCUAUAUGAUGAUGGGCUUGGCUACUGUUGGCGGUGGCCUCGUCAUUGGUCUUUCGGCUGGCCUUUUGGCGCCCGUUAUUGGUGCUGGUCUCGCUGCGGGUUUCACCACCAUUGGCGUUUCGGGUACGAGCAGUUUCCUUGCCGGAGCGGGAGGCGCCGCCAUUAUCACGUCGUCAGCCGCUGCGUCGGGCAGUUUUAUUGGAGUGCGCGCCGCCGGCAGACGAACAGGCGCCGUCAAGACGUUUGAAUACCGACCGCUGCACAACAACAAGCGUGUCAAUCUCAUUGUGACUGUAUCUGGGUGGCUGACGGGCAAGAUGGAUGACGUCCGUCUGCCGUACAGCACAGUCGACCCGAUUAUGGGCGAUCUCUACUCGGUGCUGUGGGAGCCAGAGAUGCUCCGCAGCAUGGGUGACACUAUGAAUAUUUUGGCUACGGAAGCCUUAACGCAGGGUCUGCAGCAGAUUCUGGGAAGCACGAUUCUCAUGAGUCUGAUGGCUGCGCUGCAGCUACCGCUGGUGCUGACGAAGCUGUCAUAUCUUAUUGAUAAUCCCUGGGCCGUUUCGCUGGACAGAGCGACCUCUGCAGGCCUCAUUCUGGCAGACUCCAUUAUUGAGCGUGGUUUGGGAACACGUCCAAUCACACUGGUUGGGUACUCCCUUGGAUCCAGAGUCAUUUACUCGUGCCUUCAAGAGCUGGCCAAGAAGGGCGCCUACGGCCUGGUGCAAAAUGUGUACCUUUUCGGCUCGCCUGUGGUAGUGAAGAAGGAAGAAUACAUCAAGGCACGUACCGUCGUGGCUGGCCGCUUCGUCAACGGGUUUAACCGAAAUGACUGGAUUCUGGGCUACCUAUUCCGGCUGACCAAUGGUGGUAUUCGCAAAGUUGCGGGCCUGGGCCCCAUCGAGGACUUGCCCUGGAUAGAGAACUUGGACGUGACGGAGCUGGUGGCUGGCCACAUGGAGUAUCGCACGGCGAUGCCGACACUGCUGAUGAAGUGUGGUUGGACGGUGACGAGUGACGAGUUUAGUGAAAUCGAAGACCCGGAUCCGGAUAACCACGGCGAGCGCCAGCGCGAGCUCAUUAACGAAAUAGAAGAGGCGCGCAAAGAGCUGGAAAAGGAAGAAAAGGCCAACGCCAGCAAGUCGUCACGCUUCAGCCUCUUUAGUCGCAAGAAGAAGACGGACCGGGAAGAAUGGGAAGUCUACGAGGAUAGCGUCGCUGCCGACGCCGCCAAAAAUGGGAAUGGCGGGGCGGCAAAGGCGCCAUCGUCAAAUUCAGGCGUGCUGUUUGACAUUGAUGCGAUCCGCGCCGAGCUGGCGAAUGAAGCCAAUUACCGAGAGCAGGACCCCGAGGUGCUGCAGAUCAAGGAGAUUCAGUCGACGCUGCCGCCGAUGAAGCUUGACAUUCCCGCGGCGAUAACGGCGACUUCGUCGGGACCGGCGUCGGCCAAGUCGACCACGGUGAGCCAGCUGCAAAACUCGUCGAACCCGUUGCGCGAGACGCAGAGCGCCGAGGCCCUGCCGAGGAGGUCAGCGACGCUCGGUGUGGAGCAGCAGCAGCAGCACGCGGUGACGCGCAAGGCCAGCUGGAACAAUGGCGUGGUCAACACGGCCGCGUAUCAUGCGGAGCCCGACUACGAGGAGGAGAUUUCGAUGACGUUUGACACGUCGUUUCACGAUGACGGCGGCAACCUGGCGGAUGAUGGGCUGACGCGGCCGGCGCUCAUGACGACGAGGACACUGCCAGACAUGGCGCUGGCGGAUCCGUGGUCGGAUCCGGGACGGCAUGAUGAUUCGGAUGACGAGGACUUUGGAAAAGAAAAAGAGAUUUCCAUGACGUUUGCAUAA